GGCGUGGUGCGUAAGGAGGUGGCCGGCGGUGGCGGUUCUGUGUAAGAUGGCGGACCGGCGGCGGCAGCGCGCUUCGCAGGACACGGAGGACGAAGAAUCUGGCGCUUCGGGCUCCGACAGCGGCGGUUCCCCGGCGCGGGGCGGCGGCAGCUGCAGCGGCAGCGCUGGAGGCGGCGGCAGCGGCUCUCUGCCCUCCCAGCGCGGCGGCCGGGCCGGGGCCCUGCAUCUGCGGCGGGUGGAGAGCGUGGGGGCCCAGAGCGCCGAGGAGUCGGAGUGUGAGAGUGAAGACGGCAUCGAGGGCGAUGCUGUUCUCUCAGAUUACGAAAGUGCAGAAGACUCAGAAGGUGAAGAGGAAUACAGUGAAGAGGAAAACUCCAAAGUGGAGCUGAAAUCAGAAGCUAAUGAUGCUGCCAAUUCUUCAGCAAAAGAAGAGAAGGGGGAAGAUAAGCAUGACCCCAAAGGCACUGUGACUGGAGAAAGGCAAAGUGGGGAUGGACAGGAGAGCACAGAGCCUGUGGAAAAUAAAAUGGGUAAAAAGGGCCCUAAACAUUUGGAUGAUGAUGAAGAUCGAAAGAAUCCAGCAUACAUACCCCGGAAAGGGCUCUUCUUUGAGCAUGACCUUCGAGGCCAAACCCAGGAAGAAGAAGUCAGACCCAAGGGGCGUCAGCGAAAGCUAUGGAAGGAUGAGGGUCGUUGGGAGCAUGACAAGUUUCGGGAGGAUGAGCAGGCCCCGAAGUCCCGACAGGAGCUCAUUGCUCUUUAUGGCUAUGAUAUCCGCUCAGCUCACAAUCCUGAUGACAUUAAACCCCGAAGAAUCCGGAAGCCCAGAUUUGGAAGCCCUCCACAAAGAGAUCCAAACUGGAUUGGUGAGCGGCCAAACAAAUCCCAUCGCCACCAAGGACCUGGGGGCACCCUACCACCAAGGACAUUUAUUAACAGGAAUGCUGCAGGUACUGGCCGCAUGUCUGCGCCCAGGAAUUACUCUCGAUCUGGGGGCUUCAAGGAAGGUCGUGCUGGUUUUAGGCCUAUAGAGGCCGGCGGGCAGCAUGGAGGCCGGGCUGGUGAGACUGCUACGCAUGAGACUAAUUACCGGUCACGGCGCCUGGAGCAGACUCCUGUGAGGGAUCCAUCUCCUGAAGCAGAUUCUCCAGUGCUUGGUGGCCCUGAGAAGGAGGAGGCAGCCUCCGAGACACCAGCUGCAGCUCCUGACACGACACCACCAGCCCCUGACAGACCCAUCGAGAAGAAAUCCUAUUCCCGGGCAAGAAGAACCCGAACCAAAGUUGGAGAUGCAGUCAAAGUUGCAGAGGAGGUGCCCCCUCCCCCUGAAGGGCUGACCCCAGCUCCUGCAGUUCCAGAAACUACCCCUCCUCCACCUGCUAAGACUGGGAACUGGGAGGCUCCUGUGGAUUCUACCAGUGGACUUGAACAAGAUGUAGCACAACUAAAUAUAGCAGAACAGAAUUGGAAUCCAGGGCAGCCUUCAUUCCUGCAACCACGGGAGCUUCGGGGUAUGCCCAACCACAUACACAUGGGAGCAGGACCUCCGCCUCAGUUUAACCGGAUGGAAGAAAUGGGUGUUCAGGGUGGUCGAGCCAAACGGUAUUCAUCUCAGCGGCAAAGACCUGUUCCAGAGCCUCCCGCCCCUCCUGUGCAUAUCAGUAUCAUGGAGGGACAUUACUAUGACCCACUGCAGUUCCAGGGACCAAUCUAUACCCACGGUGACAGCCCUGCCCCACUGCCUCCACAGGGCAUGAUUGUGCAGCCAGAAAUGCAUCUCCCCCAUCCAGGUUUACAUCCCCACCAGACGCCAGCGCCUCUGCCCAAUCCAGGCCUCUAUCCCCCACCAGUGUCUAUGUCUCCUGGACAGCCACCACCUCAGCAGUUGCUUGCUCCCACUUACUUUUCUGCCCCAGGAGUCAUGAACUUUGGUAAUCCCAGUUACCCUUACGCUCCGGGGGCACUGCCCCCACCACCACCUCCUCAUCUGUAUUCUAACACACAGGCCCCAUCACAGGUAUAUGGAGGAGUGACCUACUAUAACCCAGCCCAGCAACAGGUGCAGCCGAAGCCCUCCCCACCACGGAGGACUCCCCAGCCAGUCACCAUCAAGCCCCCUCCACCUGAGGUUGUAAGCAGGGGCUCCAGUUAAUAUGAGUUUCUGAAUAUUUUCAAACUAACAUCAUAUAAAAAACAGCAGAGAUGAGAACUCAGGAGAGAAGAGAAAUACAACUGGCUGGCUACUCCAGGCGGGCUUCAAAGAUGCAGGGUGGCUCCUACCAGUGACAGCUGAAGGAGGAAGACCCCUGCCUUCCUCUGAGGACAGGCUCUGUUGGAGAGGGAGAGAAACGAUGGACUUCCUCCCACCUACACUCUACUUGAGGUGGCUGUGCUCAGGGGAGCGGAGAUCCAGGCAGCCCUGGCUUCUGAUUCUAGACCCAGAAGCCCACAGCUUUGUUUUGCUUCACUUUCUCCUAGGAAAUUCAAGUGUCUUCUGGUCCCAGGGAAGUUCCUUCCUGUUCGCUUUUGUUUUGUUUUGUUUUGUUUUCUGAGAUGCUCAUUUUUAAAGCCUGGCUUACUGUUCUUUAGUUCAUAUUCUGUUAGUUUCUUCUCUCUGUUUCUUGCUCUCUCUGUCUCUGUCUCUCUCUCUCUACCUUUAAAUGAAACAGGCUCAUUCUUUUGGUUUGCUGACCCAUCCAUGUUCCCUUUUGAUUCUUUGCUGAAUCCCAGAUAAUUGAGAAUGUAUCAGCCAGCCUUUCCCCAAGUCUGAGCUGGCCUUUGCUAUUCGCUUGUAUACUUGGAUUCUCUUAACGCUUCUAACCCUAUGGAAGCUAAGCUGUCUGUGUAGUUUCCCAUUGAGAAGAAAAGCUCAGAAUGGGUGAGUAGGAGCCCUUUUUGGCUUCAUUUUUUACGAGUCUGAGCCUCUAUUAGUAGCUGUAAUCUGUGGGGUUCAGUCUUCUGUUAAGGAGAGAUGGCAAGCCAUAUGCAUUUGUGAGCAAGAGCAGGUGGAGGGUGGGCCUUUUCACCGUAGGGGUGUAUAUUCACACAGUGCUCAGGGCUCAGCCUUUGAGGUAAGUGGAAUUAGAGGACCCUGCUUCUCUUUUCUUCCAUCCCAACGACUGCAUCCUCUUUCCAGUUGCUGUGGACCAAUGCAUCUCUCUAGAAGCAAAUACUAUCCAGCAGGCAACCUAGCCUGUCCUUUGCCAUUGCUCUUCUCCAUGUCUUUCCUUCUACAGAUGUUUUAGAUGUUAUUAUCUGAUUUUUCCCAAAUUGUACUCCUGUUCUUGGAAACAGGAGAUACCACACCUGGGCUUAAGGCCUAAGGAAGCCAGUCACCUUGUGGGUUAGGGCUCCGCCCUCCAUUCCUCUCUGUCCAUGGCACUGAACCACUCCCCUGCUGCCCCUGCAGAAGAGAAUCCUGUUACUGCUCCACCUGUGUCUGCCAGGGGUGACUUGGCCACUGUCGCUGUGCUCCUCCAGAACCCGAUGGAGAAGGUGAUGGCUGUGUCUCUUCCCUAGUAGUGUCACUAAUUCCUUCCCUCCGGCAGUUGGCCUAACCACUCCUGAGUCACAGGUGUGGGGUAGAGAGAAGGGGAGGCACGCAAGCUGUAAUCCCCCCGGAAGGAGAUAAUUAAGAGAUUCUUCUAGGGGUAGCUGGUGAUUGUGCCUUUUGUAGGCUUCCCUUUGCCUUAAACCUGAAGAUGUCUCCUCAAGCUGUGGGCAACAUGCCCAGAUUCCCAGACCUUACUACACUGUGACAGUUGUCUCCGUUGGUCCACUGUGUUUAGUUGCAAGGAAUUCUCCAUGUGUGGUGGUGUUUUUUUGUUACUGUUUUAAAGGGUGCACAUUUGUGAUCUGCAUUGUGACUUGGAGAUAAUAAAAUUUAGACUAUAAACUUGGC